AUGCUUUUCCCUCUCGCCGUGGUCGUCGCCGCACUUCCCUUCUUGGUUGACGCCGCCCCCAGCACUCGGGCACCAUCCAACAAGAUCCCUAUCCAGAAGCGCUCGACGCUCAACCACGCCAGUGGCGCUGUUGACUUCACUGCACUGAAUAACCACAUCGCUUCCGUCAAUGCUAAAUACGAACGUGGCUUUGCCAACUACGAGAAAAACACGGGAAAUGCUCAUCCUUUCGCCAAGGCUGGUGACUCCAAGCGCGCCACUGGCACUGAUGCCCUCACAGACGACAACAGCGAGCUUUGGUAUGGGAAGAUAUCUGUCGGAACCCCUGCUGUUAACUACACGGUGGACUUUGACACGGGGUCGUCUGACCUCUUCCUCCCUGGUCCUGACUGCGACUCGACCUGCUCUGGCCACACCGUCUACGAUCCCUCCAAGUCGUCGUCGUCCUCUGACGUUGGUCAAACCUUCUCUCUCUCGUACGGCGACGGCUCCACCGUCUCUGGCGAGCAGUACACCGACACUGUCGUCCUCGCCGGCCUGACCGCCACCAAGCAGACUCUCGGCGCUGCCAAACAGUACUCGGAGGGAUUUGAGUCCUCGCAGUUCCCUGCUGAUGGUCUCUUGGGCAUGGCCUACCAGGCCAUCUCCUCCUACGGUGCCUCGCCUGUCUUCAACACCCUCGUCUCCGAGGGCCAGACCGACGCUGGUGUCUUUGGCUUCAAGCUGACCUCGUCCAGUGCUGAGCUCACCGUUGGCGGCACCGACUCUUCCGCCGUUUCUGGAGACUUCACAUAUACCCCCGUCACCCAGCAAGGCUACUGGCAGUUCUCCGCCGACGGCAUUUCGUCGGGCGGUCAACAGGCCCUGAGCUCGUUCGCCGCUAUUGCCGACACCGGCACCACGCUCAUCGUCGGUGUCCCCGACGAUGUCGCCAGAUUUUAUGAGUCCAUCGGCGGAUUCCCAGCGAUCGAAGUUGGCGAGGGCUACUACACCGUUCCAUGCAACUCCAUCCCAAAUGUAUCCGUGACCAUCGGCGGCACCGAGUUCGUUAUUUCCGCAGACACGUUCAACCUCGGUCCCGAGUCUGAUGGAAGUUCCGAGUGCGUUGGUGGUAUUGUCGGUGAGGACGUCGGCGUCAACUUUUGGAUACUAGGUGAUGUAUUCCUCUCGAACACGUAUACCGCGUUCGACUUCGAUAAGAACCAGGUUGGUUUUGCCAAGCUCGCCUAAGAUCAGGUCAACCUCUGCUACAUAUGUUAUU